GAGGGAAAUAAAUAAAUAAACAUCUCUCAUCUUUCUUUCCGUGAAAGUCUCCUGCAUUUUGCCUUUGUUCAGAAAAAAUGGUUCUGUCCAAGACUGCUUCUGAGUCCGAUGUCUCCGUCCACUCCACCUUCGCCUCUCGAUAUGUUCGAGCCUCACUCCCAAGGUUCAAGAUGCCGGAAAACUCGAUCCCGAAGGAAGCGGCGUACCAGAUCAUUAACGAUGAGCUAAUGUUGGAUGGAAACCCUCGGUUGAACCUGGCAUCCUUUGUGACGACGUGGAUGGAACCUGAGUGCGAUAAGCUCAUUAUGGCUGCCAUUAACAAGAACUAUGUUGACAUGGAUGAGUACCCCGUCACCACUGAGUUACAGAAUCGGUGCGUGAAUAUGAUAGCACAUCUUUUUAAUGCACCACUCGGAGAUUCAGAGACCGCAAUUGGGGUUGGGACUGUGGGAUCAUCUGAGGCCAUUAUGUUGGCUGGCUUAGCUUUUAAAAGGAAAUGGCAGAACAAGAGGAAAGCCGAGGGCAAACCAUACGAUAAGCCCAACAUUGUCACCGGAGCCAACGUUCAGGUAUGCUGGGAGAAAUUUGCAAGGUACUUCGAGGUGGAGCUGAAGGAGGUGAAGCUAAGAGAUGGAUACUAUGUUAUGGACCCUCAAAAGGCAGUUGAAAUGGUAGACGAGAACACUAUUUGUGUUGCUGCUAUUCUUGGUUCCACUCUCAACGGAGAAUUCGAAGAUGUUAAGCUUUUGAAUGAUCUCUUGACUGAGAAGAACAAACAAACUGGAUGGGACACUCCAAUCCAUGUUGAUGCUGCCAGCGGUGGUUUUAUUGCUCCAUUUCUUUACCCAGAGCUUGAGUGGGAUUUCCGGUUGCCAUUGGUGAAGAGCAUUAAUGUGAGCGGGCAUAAGUAUGGACUUGUCUAUGCUGGGAUUGGAUGGGUUGUUUGGAGGAACAAAGAGGACUUGCCUGAAGAACUCAUCUUCCAUAUCAACUAUCUUGGAGCUGAUCAACCUACCUUCACUCUUAACUUCUCUAAAGGUUCUAGUCAAGUUAUUGCUCAGUACUAUCAACUCAUCCGAUUGGGUUAUGAGGGUUACAAGAACAUCAUGGAAAACUGUCGUGAAAAUAUGAUAGUGCUGAAAGAGGGACUGGAGGAAACAGGGCGAUUCAACAUAGUUUCAAAAGACAACGGGGUGCCUUUAGUUGCAUUUUCUCUUAAAGACAACAGCUGCCACGACGAAUUCGAGGUUUCAGACAUGUUGAGGCGGUUCGGAUGGAUUGUGCCUGCAUACACAAUGCCCCCAGAUGCGCAGCACGUGACAGUGCUCCGCGUAGUCAUAAGAGAAGACUUCUCCCGCACAUUGGCUGAGCGUCUAGUUGUGGACAUUCAGAAAGUUCUGCAUGAGCUUGACACUCUUCCGGCAAGGAUCAAGGCCAAGAUUGCAGCAGCCGCUGAUGAAAACACAAACGUAAACGCCACUGCUGAAACUUUGGCUCCUAAGAAAAGUGAUGAGCAGUGGAAGAGGGAGAUUACAACGUUUUGGAGGAAGUGUGUGAUGGAGAAGAAGAAGAUGAAUGGAGUCUGUUAAAGCAAGAGCUUCAGGUAAUUUCUCUAAAAUAAUUGAAUGUGUGCGGCUUAUUUGAUGGAUGAAUGGAUGGAUAUAUAUACAAUAUCGCUUUCCAUAUCCUUUCGGUUUGUUGAGAUUUGUCUUUUAACUUAUUCGCGGUAACUGAUUUAAGAUGAGAUUAUGUUAAGUUUUUAUCUUUAA